UUGCGGCACGCGGGCCCCAUCAGUUUUCCGUUCGGCGGCGCUCAGUUGUUGCUCUUGAGAGAGGAGUUCCGGUCGCGAUGCGUCGCCCACCAGCUGCGAUUGCGAUGGCUCCGUUCUCGCGCGACAAGUGAUUUUCCGCUGGGCUUUCGUGCGAUUUCAGGUCCGGUUCGCCGACGCUUAGCUAUGGAAUGGAUCACGUGCAUCGACAAAAGGCCCUGCGAUCGAAACGUGAAAGACGUAGAAUUAAUUUGCGCUCGACUGAGACGCGUCGAGCAACUGUGCCGACUGCCGAAUUCCCUGCUGCAACAAUUGGCCCUUUGCGGAUACUACGAGGAUCUCGAGAAAGGAAUUACACUUUUCCGUCAAGGCGACACCGGAAAAUGCUGGUACGCCGUGAUGUCCGGCACGUUGGAAGUCAGAGUGAACCAGCCGGAGACGGAUUCAAAGAAUCCGAUAGCGCUGUGCACGUUGGGAAUCGGCGCCACAUUCGGUGAAUCAAUUCUGCAAGAUUUGCCGAGAGACAGCACAGUCGUUACCCAAACGACUUGCGAGCUUCUGAGGGUUGAACAGCAUGAUUUUAGGCUCAUUUGGGAGAAAAAUAAGGAGCUAAUGAACGAUUUGGUUUCCAACUGUAAAAUGAAGAACGGAUUCGGAGCGGGCAUAAUGAACGCUAAAACCAACGCUCAACCGGUAUCGCCGCCGCCGAGACGGUCCAAUUCCCCCGAUCAACCCAAUCCUGCCGAGCCCAUCACGGACGCGCCUAGCUCCACCAUGGGCAGGAUCGGAUGGGCGCUAAGGACAUUACUUUUGUCCCAGAAUACCUGCCUGAAGGACAGAAAAGUAUCCGGAAGGUUGGUGAGGCGCUGCGCUCCGGGCACGGAAUUGGUGGACUGGCUGCUCGGACUCUCCUCCAGCAUACACACUAGAAUCCAGGCGACUGGAAUGUGGCAGGCUCUUCUCGAAGAAGGAGUCAUUUCUCACGUAAAUAAGGAACAACCGUUCAAGGAUAAAUGCUUCCUAUACAGGUUCUGGCAGGACGAAGAGGGAGCAACGGCCUUGCCGCCCCUGGAAGACAUCGCUACCGCCGAAGAGCAAAUACAAGACUCUCUGGGGAUUUUAAUCCAACGGGGACCGGACGCCGUCCUUAGAAUGAUACUUAGGAAACAGAGCCACGAACGUACCGCCGACGACCAAGAAACGAUUUACGAAGAAUUGCUCCACAUCAGGGCCCUCGCGCAUCUCUCGAACUCGGUCAAGCGAGAAUUGGCAUCUGUGAUUGUAUUCGAAGCGCAUCCGAAAGCUGGAACUGUGUUGUUUCAUCAAGGCGACGAAGGGAGAUCGUGGUACAUAAUCGUCAGGGGCUCAGUUGAUGUCGUAAUACAUGGCAAAGGAACGGUGAACACUCUGCACGAAAGCGAUGAUUUCGGAAAAUUAGCUCUAAUAAACGACGCUCCGAGGGCGGCCACCAUAGUAUUAAGGGAGAACAACUGUCAUUUUCUGAGAGUCGACAAAGAGAAUUUCAACAGAAUACUUAGGGACGUCGAGGCGAAUACGGUACGGUUAAAAGAGCACGGAAAGGACGUUCUGCGGCUGGAAAAAAUCAGCUCUAAUACUAAGCAAAUUUUUUCUUCGAACUAUAAAUACACCGUGAUGGCAGGUACGUCACAAAAAAUGUUGGAACAUCUCCUGGAAACCAGAUUGGAUAGUCGUGGUUGCGGCGGCGGAGGAGAUAAUUACGUCGUCUCCCAGGAUCCCUUCCUGGACGAUUUCCUAUUAACUCACAUCGUAUUUUUGCCCACGCAUCAACUAAUCGAUGAGUUAGACAAAUAUUAUAGAAUGGAAAUGUCGAAUCAAGACAGGGAAUUCGUAUUGGCUUGCAAAAGGAGGGUCAUCCACUUCAUCUACAGGUGGGUGACUACCGUGAGACAUCCAGUAUUCGAGGACGAUAUCGCCGUGGAAUUCCUGGACGAAAUCGCCAAUGAAUUGGAAAACGAUACUGUUCAUUUCGAUGAUUUGCAAGAGGAGGCCGCUUUGAUGCAUCACGUCAUGACCCAAUUGAGAAGAUAUAAUGAAGAUAGGAAAGCGCACGAAGGGCAAAAAUGGAAAUUACCACCGCUAGGUCAACCGAUAAGCCUCUUCAGCGCCGCCGAUGACACGAGCAGAACGAUAAUUAUGCCACAAGAUGAUAUAAUAUUUCGCGUAUAUUGCGCCGAUCACACCUACUGCACGCUGAGAUUGCCCGUCGAUACGACCGCCGAAACGAUUAAAUUAGUGGCGGCUGAAAAACUACAAAUGCGGCCCACCGACGAGUUGCACCUCGUGGAAGUCAAAUCCAACGGUGAAAGGGUGGUGUUCAAGGAUAACGACAUCAGCAUACCGACUGCGCUGACACUAAACGGCAGGAUAUUCGUCUCGCCCAAGGACCAUUUGGAUGCUUUGACGUGCCUGAGCGAACAAGAACAACCGACGCAAGGAAUCGAUGGUGAUUUGGAAAUGUUCAGCACCAAAGAAUUGGCUUACUACAUAACGCUGUUCGAUUGGGAUCUCUUUUGGUGCGUUCACGAAUACGAAUUAUUGUAUCACACGUUCGGUAGACACCACUUCGGCCAAAUCACGGCGAAUCUGGACGUUUUUCUGCGGCGAUUCAACGAAAUCCAAUUUUGGGUCGUCACGGAAAUCUGCAUGACCUGCAGCCUGAGCAAACGGGUCGCUAUUUUGAGAAAAUUCAUCAAACUAGCCGCUUAUUGCAGGGAAUAUCAAAAUUUAAACGCCUUCUGCGCCAUAGUGAUGGGCCUGAGCAACGUGGCGGUGUCUCGGCUGUCGAACACUUGGGACAAGCUGCCGUCGAAAUUUCGAAAAUUGUACACGGAAUUCGAGUCGGCGAUCGAUCCGAGCAGGAACCACCGCGCUUACAGGGUGAGCGUGGGGAAGCUGCAGCCGCCAGUCGUGCCGUUCAUGCCUUUGCUGUUGAAGGAUAUGACGUUCACGCACGAGGGCAACAAGACCUGCAUCGACGGUCUGGUGAAUUUCGAGAAGAUGCACAUGCUAGCCCAAACGAUGAGGACCAUUCGGUUUUGUAGAAGUAGGCAUUUAGUUUUAGAUCCACCGUCUCCUAAAGGUGAAGGUGAGGUAAAAUCGUACAUUUCUUGUUUGAGAAUUAUAGACAAUCAGAGGGUGCUAACGAGUCUUUCUCAAAAAUUAGAACCGAGAAGAUCUUAAUAAGACAAUCUGUAGGUGCAGCUGGAAAGUAUGAAAAGUAUUUUGUAAAGGAAGGCUCCGCGUCUUGUCCAUUUUUGUAAUAUUGUUGUAAUAAGGAAGCUCCUAACACGUGUAUUAUACAGCCACUGCUCAAAAUAUCCAAAGUUUUAUGUAUGUAUUUAAAUGGAUUUUCAUACCAAUACCAAGAUAUAUCUAUCGUUAAGUUUCUGAGAGGAACUAUUUUGUCAAACAUUGCAUCUAUUUAUUUUUAUUGCAAUCAUAUUUUUCUAUUGCAAAACAAAUCGAUCAAAAGAAAAGACACUUCACUUGUAUCAAAACUUUUCCUAAACAUCGAAGAAUAUAAAAAAAUCCUGCACAUUCUUAAAAAUUGUUAGAUAUAAAUUGAAAUUUUCCUUAAAUUAAUUAGGCAAAAAGGUAAAGGUAAAUGUAUGAAAGCAAUAAAUUCCAAGUAGAUUUGGACAAUUCUUCAAAAUUUUUAUAGUUCUCUCAAACAUUAGGAAACGUUUCAAAAAAGAUUUCCUAGGAUUUUUUUUAAUUCUAUUUUUAUCACGUAUCGACAAUCGAAAAAACUUUUGAACGUCCUCUAAAAAUUUCAAUUUUGAAAGCAUGUAUUGUAUUUCUCUAUUAGACUGAUAGUAUGAUCUGACGACUCUUUAUUGAAUUACGUAUAAAGGGUGUGUGUAUUCAAUGUGUAAUAAAUAGGACAGAGAAAAACUGCAAAAUGCUCUAUUUAAAUGUAAAAUUUUCACUCUAAAUAGAUGUACCCACUCGUAUACAAAGCACAAGUCUCCACAAAAAAUUUCACCAGGUUUUCUUUGUCCAAUAAUUAUCGCAACACCCUAUUUAUUUUAGCCUUUAAGUCAGUUUCUAGUGAGAUAUCUAGUCGAUAAGACAAUCACGUUGAACUUCUUCAGCAAAAUUUGUAACAUAUCUCGAUAAGCGUUUUCAAUAUUAAUAAAUACCCUUUUCAAAAAAGCAACUAAUCUCUUCACUUAUGGCAUUUUAUAAUAAUAUGUGCCAAUAUAUCCUCCGUUUAGUAAAUAGCAAAAUUUAUGUCUUAGACCGAUUACACUUUUAUCUACGGCUGUUAUUUAAUUUGUUUACACCUUAUCUCAAUUAGAACACUUUAUAUUGCAGACACUUGGGAACAAAACUAUUUCAAGAUAUCUCUGUUACUAUUAAAAAUAUCUGUUAUUCUGAUAUUCAAUGUGUAUUUCGAAUACAAAUUAAUUUACAGCACCAACCUACGAGGUUAUUCUGUAGAAAUAGCCGUAGAUAAACUAGAGUAUGUUACUGUCAUGAUAUUAAUAUCGUUGCGUAAUAUACUGUUAUAUCAAUCCAAAAUAUAUGUAACAAUAUGAAAUUUUUAAUAAGUGAUAACGAUUAAGGGAAAUCGAUGAAACGCUUAUAAAGUACUUACAUCAUAUUUACAAUAUAAACAUAGUUUCGUGUUUUAUUCCAAUGUAAACGGGUGUUAGGAUUUACAUAUGUGUUAAUUUAUUGCAUUAGUUUUUAUAAAAAAAUCUCGUCAAUAGUUGUAUCUAUCGAUAUUUUCGACCAAACUAGUAAGUGUAAUAUACAUAUAGCGUUAUGAUUGUGAUACUCUGUGUUAGUUUUAGAACUUCAUUAUAGGCACAAAUAUUUUAUUUCGUAGGUAGAUAAAUAUUACAUUUAAUUAUUUUAAAGCAUUUUUCUUGUCAAUAAAAAGCUUCCAUAAAGGCGGCACCUCGAAACAGGAAACAAUAAAUUAUUCUUAUUAACCUUUUAAACAACUUUUAUGCAAUAGGUAAAAAUAAUUCUAUAUUCCAAAUACUUCCUACUACUUUGAAUUUUUAUACAGAAUGAGUUCAAGGAAUAAUCUUCUUUCGGGUUGCCGCUAUUUAUUAGAAAAUUAUUGACAAAACACAGUAAGGGAAACACUCCAAUGUAUGUUGUGUCAUCAGAUCUCCGUAAGAUUAUAUUAUAAGUAUAAAAGUACCUUUUUACUGUCUCUGAUCUGUAUAUAUUAAAUAUUUAUAUAAUUAUAUGAUGUAUAGAUAAAAUUAUUUGAAGAAUCGUCUAUAAU